GCUCGCCCAUGACGAGCCCAUUAGGGUUUUUUGCCCCUAGUUUCCUUGCCUCCUAUAUAACAUGUUCUCUCGCCACGCCGCCGCCCCUCUCUUCUCCAUCCCUCGCUCCUGCUGCUGCUGCUGCCGCCGCCGCCCUCCUCCGCCUGGAGGUCUCCUCGCCGGCCGUAGCCAUGGUGAAAUACUCGAGAGAUCCCACCAAUCCCACCAAGUCCGCCAAGGCCAUGGGCCGGGACUUGCGUGUUCACUUCAAGAACACCCGUGAGACAGCUUUUGCUCUCAGGAAUUUGCUACUUGUCAAGGCCAAAAGGUACCUUGAGGAUGUGAUCACCCACAAGCAGGCCAUCCCCUUCCGCAGGUACUGUGGUGGUGUUGGGCGUACUGCUCAGGCUAAGAACCGCCACUCAAAUGGACAGGGACGCUGGCCUGUCAAGUCUGCUAGAUUCAUUCUGGAUCUUCUAAAGAAUGCAGAGAGCAAUGCUGAGGUCAAAGGUCUUGAUGUCGACACCCUCUACGUGUCGCACAUUCAAGUGAACCAGGCCCAGAAGCAGAGGCGCAGGACCUACCGUGCUCAUGGACGCAUCAACCCUUACAUGUCCUCCCCGUGCCAUAUUGAGCUGAUCUUGUCGGAGAAGGAGGAGCCGGUGAAGAAAGAGGUUGAGUCUCAGAUCGCAACCAGGAAGGCCUAGAGAAGGAAGCGGUCUGCCUACUUUCUUUACUAGAGUGGAUUUGUAGCUUCUGUCAGUGGCUGAGUGGAAAUUUUGGUUGAUUAUCUGUUGUUUCGCUUAUCUGAAUACUACUAGUUCAUACUUUGUCAAACCCUUGAUCACAAGAAUUCACAAUUCUGGAGAAGUGCUUGUGGAUUGUUUUCA